AAAUGCCCGACCCAAAAUCCGAAUCCACGCGGCUCAAACUUUGCCUUCAAAAUCAUAAACGAUUCGGAUCCACACCAGACCUCAGCUCGUUCUCUGAUAUUGUGCUGAAGAGCAGUCACCGAAAGCGUCACGCCCUCUCCGAUCACAGCCCCCCCAGUUGAUAAAGAGAAAGUAAAAUCUCAGAAAGUUGAAUUUGCAAUGUUUGCUUUGUUUCUUCAUGCUUUCCUUUCCCUUUACACGGCCAUAAUCUCCUACAAUACUGCAGAUAUAGACAGAGAGUAUAAUUAGGCAGUGUUUGUCAUGUAUAUUCUAAAUAAGAAUUGUCUGAAACCUAGUAUGUAUUCUCAUCUGUCCCAUCUUCAUCUUCUACAAUGCUUCUCUCUCUGGUCAAUGAAGAAGGACCCAGAUCUCGAAUCAGCUCUAUCUCGAAACCGUCGAUGGAUAGUAAAUAAUCAGAUCAAGAACAUAAUUCUCCGGUACCCUAACCAGGUGGCGCCAGUUAAUUUCCUCCAGAAAAAGUUCAAGACUCUUGACCUUCAAGGCAAAGCGCUCAAUUGGCUGAAAAAGUACCCCUGUUGCUUUGAAGUAUAUCUUGUGAACGAUGAGUGUUAUUGUCGACUAACAAAGCAAAUGAUGUUUCUGGUAGAAGAGGAAGAAUACCUGAAAGAUUCACAAGAACCUGUGUUUGCGGAGCGAUUGGCAAAGUUGCUAAUGAUGAGCACAAAUCAGAGGCUUAGUGUUGUGAAAAUUAAUGAGUUGAGGAGAAAUUUUGGAUUUCCAGAUGAUUAUUUGAUUAGAAUUGUACCCAAGCACCCAGAAAUGUUUCGAAUCAUUAAUUACAGCGGGAGACGGAGUUCAAUGGAGAUUGAGCUUGUGUCGUGGAACCCUAAUUUAGCAGUUUCUGUAAUUGAAGCAACUGCUCGAAAACAAGAUUCGGAACCUUGUUUUUCAUGUUCAUUGCCUUCAACCUGGGUAAAAUCAUGGGAGAGAUUUCAUGAAUUUAAUUCAACUCCAUAUAUUUCUCCUUACUCAGACCCCAGAGGUUUAGUGGAGGGUUCAAAAGAAAUGGAGAAGAGAACAGUGAGUUUGGUACAUGAAUUACUGUCACUGACCCUGUGGAAGAAAGUGUCAAUCAUGAAGUUAGGUCAUUUUAGAAGAGAGUUCUGUUUACCAGAAAAAUUGAAUGUUUUAUUACUUAAGCAUCCUGGCAUAUUCUAUGUCUCAAAUAAGUAUCAGAUUUACUCAGUUCUCCUUAGAGAAGGAUAUAAUGGGUCAGAAUUGAUUGACAAGAAUCCACUUGUUGUUGUGAAGGACAAAUUUGGGGAACUGAUGCAGGAGGGGCUUCACGAAUAUAAUCGGAGGCACCAUUUGAUGAAUUUGGAAAAGAAGAAGAAGAAAGGUAUGAUUUUGAGAAGACCAAAGGAAAUGAAGGAUCCAAGCACUGAUAUGAGUGAACAAGCUGAUCAGGGAGGAGACCUUGGUGGUAUAUUUGACCCUGAAGAAAGAAAACGGUUCUAUAAAGUUCUCUUCGAUGACAAUGCCCCAUAAGUUUUAUACAGACUACAGAGGUGUUGAACUUGAUGAGAAGAACUUCCUGCCCAAAUACAAAGGAGGGACCAGAAUCGCUGAUUGGAACUUAACAUAUUGAUUGCAGCAAUUUGCCUAGUUUGGUGGGUAAUGUAAAUCUAGUCUUCUACUGUGAGAGACUAGCUGGUUGGUCAGAAUGAAAAAAAUGCAGAAUUGCACCUUGUUUCCAGUGGAAGCAGAAAAAAAUGAACUGGAAGCAUUUGGGUGUUGAGGCUGUUGGGAUGUGAGAUAUGAUGGUCAUCUGAAUGGAAAUACGAUAAAGUAAAUGGAAGUCAAUGAAGAAAAACCUGGAAGUGCCAAAAGAGAAGCCGAUGAAGUAAUGCUCCACAAAUCUGGACGUUAUUUGUAUGAUUGCAGAACUUGGGAUGAAAAUAUAGGGAGAAGUUUCGAGUCAAUUGGCAAACUUCGGUGUGUCCACACUGGUGCCAAGCCUGAAGAUGAAGUUAGAUCUUGUGGAAGAAACAAUUUUGCUUGCAAGCUUCAGUGCUGCUUAUAACACAUGUGGUGUUGAAGAAACUUAUUACUAUUGUAUGCAUUAUUGUAAUAUAUUCAUGUCAUUUCUUUAAAGACUAAACCAUCCAAACAUCUUCCUGAAAACACAUCCAAGUCCUGCAUUCAAAUCUAGUAUAAAUUUCCAUUCCAAUUA